AUGAGUCGCCAUCCGGAGAUCAAGUGGGCUCAACGGGUCGACAAAGUUUAUGUCACGGUUCAGUUGCCAGAUUCCAAAAAUGCAAAAGUGGAUCUUACUCCAGAUGGUGUUUUUACUUUUUCUGCUACUGCUGGUGCUGGAGACCAUCUGUAUGAGCUUAAUUUGCCACUCUUUGACAAGGUUAAUGUAGAGGAGAGCAAAAUUAAUGUAGGGGUGAGAAGCAUAUUCUGUGUUGUGCAGAAGGCAGAAGAAGAGUGGUGGAAAAGGUUACUGAAAGCAGAAGGGAAGCCUCCACAUUACGUGAAAGUAGAUUGGGAUAAAUGGGUGGAUGAAGAUGAAGAUGCGGGUUCCGGUGACCUAGACUUGGGAGGGAUGGAUUUCUCGCAACUUGGUGGGAUGGGUGAUGAUGCUGUCGGUGAUGAUUUUGAUGACAGUGAUGAUGAAGGGCAAGAAGUGUCAAAUUCUGGAAAAGUAGAUGGUAAUGAUAAGGAGGGAGGUUCUGCUGUUGGAAAAGAAGAAGCCGGCAAGAGCGCCGUUGAAGAAGCUACUCCGAGCACAUAA